AUGCCAGACGAAGAUUGGCGUGACGAGAUUCAGGAAUACGCGCUCCUUCUAGAUGCAGUUGCCAGCGGCGACAGAUCUCGGGUCGUGAAGCACUUGACAGAAUACAUUCUCAACAAGAAAGAAGGAAAUCAAGUCGCACAACCAAACGACCAGGGAGCGCAAGGAGCACAAGAGCCAUAUUCCGAACACGACGAAAACAGCUUCAACUACUAUGGAGAAGAUGCAUACAACGAUCCAUACACUGGGACAAGUACAGAACCUGUGGAUCAAGAAGGAACCUACACUGGGGAGGAGAAAGACCUCGAAUACGGGGAUGAGCAAUACCAAUACGGGAAUGAAUAUGAUGAAUAUGACCCCCCUGAGUAUGAUGCCUCAGGAGCAGGCGAGAGCUAUUAUGAGGGCCCUUAUAUGUCUGGUGCAUACCACGAGCCCGACAACGGUGUUGACACAUAUGAUGAAGGACCGUACGACGACUACACUGAGCUGGAUCCGUCGGCUCAUGGCAAUGAAUCAUAUGCAAUCGGGGCAGCUGGAAUCCGCGAUAUGACAUAUACAGGCGAGCAUUACGAUGACUCCAACAGGAACAAUUAUGAGGGACCUCAAUAUCCCGAAGACCAACAAUACGAGGGACAAUAUUACGAUCAACAAGCGGAUGGAAUAUAUGACGACUGGAAUCAGGAUGGAGAGACCUAUCACUAUCAGCAAGGCACAGGCGUAGCAGGAGGUGAGUGGCAUGAAGAGUCGGAUUAUGGACCUUUCUCAGAUGACCAAAUCCAGGAGGUCGUCGAUGAAGUCCCUUUUGACGAGCUGCACGAAGAAUACUUCGAAGAGGGCCAGACACGCCCAUAUGCCGAUCCCAUGCAUUCGGAAGAGGAAGUACGUCUGAGUGAAGAACACUUCGACGAGGAUCAGGUACACCCACAUGACGAUCAUGUGCACUCGGAAGAAGAAGCACGUUUGAAUGAAGACGACGUGCUUCCAGGCUAUGAUGAAGAACAAACACAACUGCAGCAGCCUUAUCCAGAAGAUACCUCCCAUUUUUACAACGCAGGAAAAGACGCCCCUCCAGACUACUCUGAGGUCCUACACUACGCGAUGAAUCAAAAUCCGCAGACACAGUACGUGCCAUACCGGCCAGACCUUACGGGGACAGAGGAACAAGCAGGAGCAGAUGAAAACGGCUGGCAAGUUGAGAACGCCGCCAACAGGCAUGCACACAGCUUCGACCCCGGGACUAGCGCUGAUCCAGUUGAGUUUGAGGAUGAUGAAUGGGAAGAUGAGGCCUGCGAAGGGGAGGAUGACACCAUACGAUCACCCAACCGCUCUGACCUUCAGUUCAAUCCUCUCCGUCAUCAAUACGAGAGGGACAUGUCUGGACAGAGACCGAACGCUUUACUCUACUUAUCUCCCGUUGAACCAAGCCUGUCAAAUGUACUUUGGGGGCGAAAUUGGCGUUAG